AAAAGUUUGCAACUUUCAAACUAACAUAACAAGUAAUGACAAAUUUACUCUGAUCAAUUCAUAUGCACUGCAGAGCUUUACUAACUUAUGCCUUAAGCCACCGCUAACAACUCUGAACUCUUCCUUAGUAGUUCAUACAUCAUGUUUUCCGGACUUCAUUCAAAUUCGACAGCACAAGAACCAAUAUCUUCAAAGGUAUAUCUCUAAGACUAAAUACUUAAUAUGGAAGAAAAAUCUGAAGCAAAUUAUCAUAGUAGUAAUAGCAGUAGUAGUAGUAACAGCAGCGCCGACAGCAACAAGAAUAACAUCAAAAUAUUGAACAACAGGUUGCAAGUACUUGAGCAAGAAUCUGAAAAGAUGAGGAAAGUGUUGGUUGUUUGCAUGGAUGAAAGGAGAGAGUUAAUAAGUGAGAUUUUGCAGCUGUUUCAGACUUUAUGCACAAAUUGUAAGGGUGCCAUAACCAGACCUCACCUCAGUUUUUGUCAGGAGACAAGGCAUCGGAAUCUAGGUCUAGUACAAGCUUUAUCUGAAGAUUCAAAUCCAUUGCUGGUCUUGCGGGGUUCUACUACUACCAAGGAAAAUAUCCUUUGCUAGUUUCAGAAGAAACUAGUGUCAGUCGUGAUAUUAUUUGUAUCUGGAUAGUUCAGCUACGUACGCUUCCACUUUGAGUCA